GUUGGUAGAGUGUGCGAAAAAAAAAAGUCGGCGGUGCGCGUAGGAAAGUUUGUCGAGAAGUCGAAGAAGAAGACAGUAACUGUAACAGAGAGAUCGGGAUGAGGUUCGACCUGGGGGUGGCCUCAUUGGCCUUCGUCUCAUUUUGCCUUCUCGUAGAUGCAGUCACCUUAGAUACCGUGGCUUCCAGAGAGCUGGAGGACGUCAUCAAAGGGGACAGCAUGGUUUUGUCUUUGCGCCACAUCAAGGCCAGGAAGCGACACCGCGGACCCGAAACCCUCUUCACCGUCGACUUCCCUGGAUCCGAGGAGAAGUUUUCGUUGAUUCUGGACAGAAAUAGCAAACGAGUGAUUGUUGAGACUGUGGAGAAUGGAAGAGAGAGAUCUCAGCACUUCACUGUGGACACGUUGGACGAUGAUUCUUUGAUAAAAUCGUUGAUCCUUUCCGUGAACCAGGUGAAGCCGGACGCCGACGUGACCCUCUUCAUGGACUGCAUAUCCUACGGUCGAGUGGCGAUGCCGAAAACGAUGAAGGAGAUGUUCUUGGGAAUGGAAGAGCCUAAGCUGACGGUGAUGAGAGAGAAGAAGUACCCGGUCGAGAUUGAAGGUCAUCAUGCUCUGAAGAAGGUACUGGCGAGGAACAACUGCCACCACAAAGACCAUCACGAUCUGGAUAAGUUCUUCAGGAACUACGAAAACGAUCACAACAUCCAAAGCUACCAACCGGAUCAUCGCGCCGACAUUCCGAUAAUCUCAGAUUUGGACGACAAUGCGCUUCUGAUUGCAAUCAACAGACUCAUCGACUCAGUGAACAAUGCCAACAAAGUUUUGGCGCGUCAAGAUGAUACCAUCAACAGCUUGAAGAGGAUCAUCGAGGAAUGCGAGUUGUGCAAGCAACGUCCUCCAUCCAUUCAGCAAAGGCCCACAUGCGAGACGCAUCCACCGAACUGCUUCCCCAGGGUGCAAUGCCACGACACCAGUUCCGGUCCAAGAUGCGGAAGCUGCCCAAGAGGAUACAUCGGUGAUGGACACACCUGCACACCUGGACGUACGUGCGCCGAACGACCUUGCUUCCACGGCGUUCAGUGUCAGGACACCGCGCAGGGCUACAGAUGUGGCCCAUGUCCAUCAGGAUACGAAGGAAACGGAGAGCAGUGCGUUCCUCGCAGAUCCAGAUGCGAUUACAACCCUUGCCAUCCCGGCGUGAGAUGCAACCCCCUGGACGCUCCUCCAUAUUACAGGUGCGACGGUUGUCCAGAAGGUUUCACAGGAAACGGAAGCACCUGCUACGACAUCGAUGAAUGCGACUUAGCUCGUCCAUGCCAUCCGAACGUGGAAUGCCAAAACCUCUCACCCGGAUACAGAUGCAGCUCGUGUCCCGAGGGAUUCACCGGCACCGAUUCGCACGGCGUGGGAUUAGAAGAGGCUGUCAGAAAUAGGCAGAGAUGUUACGAUAUAGACGAAUGCGCUCACCACAACGGCGGCUGCGUCGAGAACUCCCAGUGCAGGAAUACUGAAGGUUCCUUCUCCUGCGGUCCUUGCAAUCCCGGUUACGUUGGAAACCAGACAAGGGGAUGCCAUAAGGGUGAAGGUUACUGUCCGGACGGCACGCACUGCGACCGCAUGGCCCAGUGUUUCCACAUCGGUAACGGCAGAUAUUCCUGCAAAUGCAAGGUGGGCUGGGCAGGAGACGGUUCGUUGUGCGGCAGAGACAGAGAUCUCGAUGGAUGGCCUGACGUAGAUUUAGGAUGUUCGCACAUCAAAUGCAGACAAGACAACUGCCCAAACAUCCCGAAUUCGGGACAAGAGGAUGCCGAUAACGAUGGUAAAGGAGACGCGUGCGACGAAGACGCCGACGAUGACGGCGUGCUCAAUAAUCCCGACAAUUGCCCUUACGUGUUCAACCCGGAUCAGAAGGACUCGGACGAAGGUGGUGGUGAUCAGCAGGGCGAUGCUUGCGACAAUUGCCCCAUGAUUCCUAACUUGAACCAAGACGAUUUGGAUAAGGAUGGUAUUGGAGACGCCUGCGACGACGAUAUGGAUGAUGAUGGUAUUCCAAACGACCGAGACAAUUGCCCGAGGAAGGCCAACAGCGACCAAAAGGACUCGGACGGAGAUGGUCUGGGAGAUGUCUGCGAUAACUGUCCCAAAGCCCACAAUCCAAAUCAGCUCGAUUCCAACAACAAUCUAGUUGGAGACGUCUGCGAUCGAGCCUCGGACAUAGAUCAUGAUGGCAUCGGAGACCAUAUGGAUAAUUGCCGAAGAGUGGCGAACAGCGAUCAGUUGGACACGGACGGAGAUGGUAAAGGAGACGCGUGCGACACGGACGCCGACAACGAUGGAAUAUUGAACGUUAACGAUAACUGUCCGUUGGCUUACAAUCCGCGCCAGGAGGACGCUAAUCAAAACGGAGUUGGAGAUCUUUGCGAGAGCGAUUGGGAUCAAGACUCCGUCCCGAAUGAAUUGGACAAUUGUCCGAACAACUCGAAGAUUUACGCAACGGAUUUCAGCACAUAUCAAACGGUUGUGUUGGAUCCAGAAGGUGAAUCGCAGAUCGAUCCUAACUGGGUGAUCUACAAUAAAGGAGCGGAGAUCGUGCAGACAAUGAACAGUGACCCUGGACUUGCCGUUGGUUACGAUUCUUUCGGUGGUGUUGACUUCGAGGGAACGUUUUUCGUGGACACCGAAGUCGACGAUGAUUACGUCGGUUUCAUCUUCAGUUACCAGAACAAUAGGAAGUUCUACACUGUGAUGUGGAAGAAGAACUCACAGACGUAUUGGCAGGCGACGCCGUUCCGCGCCGUAGCAGAGCCUGGAAUCCAAUUGAAACUUGUAGAUUCGGUCACUGGUCCUGGUCAACUGAUGAGGAAUUCCUUGUGGCAUACCGGAGAUACCGAGAAUCAGGUGAAACUCUUGUGGAAGGAUCCGAGAAAUGUCGGAUGGAAGGAGCGCACCGCUUACAGGUGGAUGCUCCUGCACAGACCCAAGAUCGGUUUGAUCAGGUUGAGGAUCUUCGAAGGUGAAGAGGUGGUUGCCGAUUCAGGAAACAUUUUCGAUUCCACCCUCAAAGGUGGAAGGCUCGGCGUCUUCUGCUUCUCCCAAGAGAUGAUCAUCUGGUCCGAUCUGGUUUACAAAUGCAGCGACGACGUUCCAUACGUGAUUUACAAGGAUCUUCCGGAGAAGCUCAAGAAGAACGUCCACGUGGAUUACAACACAAGGAAUUGAUACGCGCUCAUCGACUAGUAAUAAUAUACCAAAACUGCGAGUGCCAACUUCGAUGAAAACUUUUACCAACGAUUUAUCUAGUUUCAUUAUAUUUACU